GGAAGGAAGAAGAGAGAAGUGGCCUCCUAGGGUCUUUUCCUAGGUGGCAUUAGUGUCCUAUUUCUCCUCAGGGAAUGGAGGAUCUGUUCCCAGAAGAUGGUUGGAUAGGCAGCAGGAAUACACAUGUGCAGUGUCUCAGGGUGGGCCCCAGCACUGCAGCAGUCAAGCGGCCUCUCUUCCCCAGGUACCUGGCCAGUGGUUCCGGAGACACCACCGUGCGCUUCUGGGAUCUCAGCACUGAGACACCGCAUUUCACAUGCAAAGGACACCGGCACUGGGUCCUUAGCAUAUCCUGGUCCCCAGAUGGCAAAAAACUGGCCUCGGGCUGCAAGAAUGGCCAGAUUCUCCUGUGGGACCCAAGCACAGGGAUGCAGGUGGGCCGGACCCUCACUGGCCACAGCAAGUGGAUCACAGGCCUGAGCUGGGAGCCCCUUCACAUGAACCCCGAGUGCCGCUAUGUGGCCAGCAGCUCCAAAGAUGGCAGUGUACGAGUCUGGGAUACAACUGCAGGCCGCUGUGAACAAAUCCUCACCGGGCACACACAGUCAGUCACCUGCCUCCGGUGGGGAGGAGAUGGGCUUCUAUAUUCUGCUUCCCAGGACCGCACCAUCAAAGUCUGGCGGGCCCAUGAUGGUGUGCUGUGUCGUACUCUUCAAGGUCAUGGCCACUGGGUGAACACCAUGGCACUUAGCACAGACUAUGCCCUGCGCACAGGGGCCUUUGAACCUGCCGAUGCCACAGUGAAUGCCCAAGACCUGCAGGGGUCCUUGAAGGAGCUGAAGGAGAGGGCUUCCAGCCGCUACAACCUUGUGCGGGGCCAAGGCCCAGAGAGGCUGGUCUCUGGCUCAGACGACUUCACCUUAUUCCUGUGGUCCCCAGCAGAGGACAAGAAGCCCCUCGCCCGGAUGACAGGACACCAGGCCCUCAUCAACCAAGUGCUCUUCUCUCCUGACUCGCGAAUCGUGGCCAGUGCCUCCUUCGACAAGUCUAUCAAGCUGUGGGAUGGCAGGACGGGCAA